GUGUUCUACAAAGUUACACGCAGGUGUUUCAGUUAGUUUCAGUGUUGAUAAGCGCGAGUUCCAUUCAGUUUCCCCGCAACAGCUGUUUACACCCAACCGUACCAACCGAUAAUCCUUUUCUAGGUCGAUGGCCUAGCUAAUCGGCGCGAGUUGCAAAUCAGUGCGAGAUCAACCAACGCUUAUCAGCGGCCUGAAUCGAAUCAGCAUCAGCUUCCAUGGCAUCCGGCACGGUCGAUCGGGUGGUGCAGUUGCUCGGCGAGUCGAUCGAAUGUCAGAUCUGUUUGAAGACCGUCGAAGAUCCGCGGCUCUGUCCGCAGUGCUCCAAGUUGUUCUGCGGCUCGUGCAUCCGCCAGUGGAUGCAGAGGGUGGACAGUGAAAAUGGAACCAGCGCAUGCCCGAACUGUGCAUGCCCGAGUCGGCUGGAAGAUUUCGUCAAGUUUCGCAGUGGCAGCGCUAUCGCGGCGUGUAAAACGAUCGUUGACGGGUACGACAACGGCAGCGAUGGAGGAUCGGCGAGCGAGCCUCACCAGAGCCCCGGUGCCGAGAAGAUACAGCAGCGCCUUCGAAAGGUGCUCCUCGAGGCGGAGGCCACGUUCAUCGAAACGGAUCAGCGCAUCACGCAGGAGCUCGAAAAGCAACGGGCACUGUUGAAGCAGUGCAAGGACAAUCUGAUCAAAACGAUCAACAUUAUGGUGCAGCAGGAGUUGAAGGACAUCCACCAGCAGUUCAACGCCAAAACGGCCGAAGUCAACGCGUGGGCCGAAAUACUGGGCAAAACACUGGACAAACAUCAGUUCACUUUGCUGGCGACGAAGCAAACGCUGGAGGCGGCACCGGUCGAAGAUCUGGUCCAGAAGCGGCCGGAGCUGGAGAAGACGUGCGCCAAGCUGUCCGACGAUCUGAAAGCCAUCUCACCCAACGUCAAACCGCACCGUUUCAAUAGCCACCUGAUUCCGGAACCCUCGUCCUGGAGGUUCUCGGUGCGCAAAUAUUCGGCCAUAGGGCGCACGAAUGAAGUACAGUAUUCCGAUCUCGUCACGGAUGACAUCGGGUCGGUGUGGCGGUUGGAGGUGCACCCGAACGGGUACGACGAUGCGAAGAACACGUCGCUCAGUAUCUUUCUCCAACUGUACGAGGGCAUCGAGGGACGCUACCACUACUCGGUGGAGCUGCUGGGACCGACCAGAAACCACCGGUACGAGGACGAGUCCUACUUUGAGCUACGCAAGGGCUGGGGACAGAACCAUUUCAUCGACCUGAAGUCACUGCAAGAGUCGUUUCUGGUGGACGACAGCUUCGAGUUGGUGUUUUCCGUACGAUCCCUGAACCUGAUCGAUAAGUACGAGAAGGUCAAGAAAAAAGCCACCGCACUGGCCACCGAAGUGGAGCAGCUGAAAAAAGAGGCCAAACCGGACUGCCUGAACCAGGUGGUAAGCGUCCGAAACGUGGUGGAGGCCACGAAAGCCUCGUCCUGUUUGUACUCGGAAGUCCUCAACGAUGACCUCGGUGGCAGCUGGCGACUACACGUCUACCCGGGUGGAAACGAUGAGUGUAGAGGCACCUUUCUGGGUGUUUUUCUUGAGCUGUGCAGCGGGAUCUCGAACAAGUACGAGUUUACCGUGGCCCUGCUGCACCGGACGGACAAAAAAGUCGUCAAGAAAACGCUCGACUUCUGCUUCCAGCCGACGCAGCCGUUCGGGUGGAAAACAUUUUUGGGCCGCGAAGACUUCAUCAACGGUGGCUACAUCCAGAAGGAUUCCCUUUCGCUGCGGAUCACCGUAAAGCCACCGAAUGCGUUGCAAAAGUUCAACUACCUGCGCCAGUACCACGAGCAGCAACUAGCGAGACAGGAUGGGACGGGUCCUAUCGACGGGCCCAGGCCGACGACCUCCCAGGAACCGUUCGAGGCACGGCUACGUAAAACAUCGAUCAGCUUCGUUAAGAACCUGUUCACUAAAUCCGCUAGCCAGGAUCAGCAAUGAAAUGAUCCAGUGAGCUCCAGUGGCUCACCUCGUCCGUGGGAGCGUUCCUUUUCGCUGUGUAAUAAAAAAACUUACCGUA